AUGCCAUAUCUGAACUCGGCCCAUUCUCCCACCGGGCCGGGACACUCACCAUUUACGCCAGACCAUCCUUCUGCUCCCCCGGCGCCCUUCAGUAGUGCCACGCAACAUCAGUCGAACGGGCUGCCACCGCCGACAGUGGAUCAUAACGCCCACCGAGGCAGCGGCGACUUUGAUGAUUCUCGGAGGAGCAGUGUGACCAACAGCAUCCACCACGGCAUGAAUAACCUGGGAUUGGGACCUACCUCGCCUUACACAAGCAACAAUGCCUCGCAAACGUCGCUGGUAUCGGACUUGCAACGAGAAAGAGGCAUCCAGACAAACGGCUAUCACGCGGGGCGAUACUCGACCAUGAAUGGCUCUAUGUCUUCGUUCAAUUCCAACCGUGGCGGACGAAGCUUUGCGGCGGGACGAGUGGCUCCUCCUAUCCUGGAAAAUCCCAAGCAGGAGGUUUAUAGUGCGGAGGCCCCUACGCGUGGUCAAGCCUACGCUUUUCCUGACCCAGACGCCCCGCGAGGGCAAGGGAGACCUCCGUCGAACUUCUCCCGGCGAAACAGCUUUGCCGAGUCAUUCACCAGCAGUGUCCUGACUGUGGAGUCAUCUCGGUUACCGCUUGGUCAGCAAGAACUCCCAGAGACGCACCACCAUAGCCUACAACACAGACAACUUGACAGUGUCAGGGGUGACCCCGAUUCGCCAAACGGCACGACGCCGUACAGUCGUACGCCCGAACUCCGCGUGACCCACAAGCUGGCUGAGCGCAAGAGACGGAGCGAGAUGAAGGACUGUUUCGAACAGCUCAGAUCGCGGCUGCCGGCAAGUCAAAACAAUAAAUCUAGCAAGUGGGAGACGUUAUCGAGAGCGAUCGACUACAUCACCCAACUCGAAAACCAGAAUAAACAACACCGAGCGGAAUAUGAGAGCCAGCGGCAGAAGAUUGCCGAAUUAGAGGCAAAGCUGCACGAGAUGAGUCAGCAAAUGCGUAACCUACAGCAGCCACAGGGCUCGUUUCCUCCUCCGCCGAAUGCGAUGCCACAGAGUCCCAUGGGCUACGGAUCACACUUCAAUGGGCACCUAGACGGGCCGAACGAGUCCGCCCGAACUUUGCCGCCCAUAAUGAACAGUUCAUCUAUGCAAGGGAUACAGUAUUCAGAUGAAAGGCGUUGA